CAGGAUGCAGAGGUUGUGUGUAGAGAGCUGGACUGUGGGGCUCCUGUACAGGUGCUGGGAGCAGCUGCUUUUGGCAAAGGAGAGGGUCAGAUGUGGACAGAAGAGAUUCAGUGUAGAGGAAAUGAAUCUCAGGUUCAUCUCUGUCCAAAAUCAACAUCAAAUGAAAACAACUGUUCACAUGAAAACAACGUUGGACUGGUGUGUGCAGACAGUGUGAAUGUGAGACUGGUGAAUGGUAACAGUCCAUGUGCUGGUAGAGUGGAGGUUCAUCAUAGAGGUCAGUGGGGAACAGUGUGUGGUUUUUCCUGGGAUAUGGUUGAUGCUGCAGUGGUGUGUAGAGAACUGGACUGUGGAGAACCUGUAGAUUCUCUGAGUGUUGCUCAUUUUGGACCAGGAUCAGGACCAAUCUGGAUGAAUCGAACAUUAUGUACUGGAUCAGAGUCCACACUAAAGAACUGUGGAUCAGUAGAUUGGGGUGCUUUUGACUGUGAUCAUAAUAAAGAUGCUGGUGUCAUCUGCUCAGGCAUCAGGCUUAUUGGAAAUUCUCAUUGCUCUGGACAAGUAGAGAUUCUUCAUGAGAAGACGUGGGUUUCAGUGUGUGAUGCUGCCUUUGACCAGCAGGAUGCAGAGGUUGUGUGUAGAGAGCUGGACUGUGGGGCUCCUGUACAGGUGCUGGGAGCAGCUGCUUUUGGCAAAGGAGAGGGUCAGAUGUGGACAGAAGAGAUUCAGUGUAGAGGAAAUGAAUCUCAGAUUUCAUUCUGUCCAAGAUCAUCUUCAAUCAAAAACAACUGCUCCCAUGAAAAUUAUGAGGGGCUUCUGUGUGCUGACCCAAAAAAUGUGAGACUGGUUAAUGGUAACAGUCCCUGUGCUGGUAGAGUGGAGAUUCUUCACAGAGGUCAGUGGGGAACAGUGUGUGAUGCAGGUUGGGAUAUGACUGAUGCUGCAGUGGUGUGUAGAGAACUGGACUGUGGGGAACCUGUAGACGCUUUGGGUGAUGCUCAAUUUGGACCAGGAUCAGGACCAAUCUGGAUGAGUCUUGUAUUAUGUACUGGAUCAGAGUCGUCACUAAAGAACUGUGGAUCAUCUGGAUGGAAUUUACCUAUUUGUACUCACAACUAUGAUGCUGGGGUCAUCUGUUCAGGUCACAAACGUUCCAGACUUGCUGCUGGACCUCAUCUGUGUUCUGGGAGAGUAGAGAUACUUCAUGAGAACACGUGGGUUUCAGUGUGUGAUGCUGCCUUUGACCAGCAGGAUGCAGAGGUUGUGUGUAGAGAGCUGGAUUGUGGGGCUCCUGUACAGGUGCUGGGAGCAGCUGCUUUUGGCAAAGGAGAGGGUCAGAUGUGGACAGAAGAGAUUCAGUGUAGAGGCAACGAAUCUCAGAUUUCAUCCUGUUCAGUAUCUUCACACAGAUAUAAUUGCACCAGUGUUAGCAACGUGGGACUAAUAUGUUCUGGUUACAUAGCGCUCAAACUGGUAAAUGGCCCUGACGUCUGUUCUGGAAGAGUAGAGCGUCAGUAUUUCAAUGAGUGGGGCACCGUAUGUGAUGGAUGUAUGGAUAUGAGAGCUGCCAGUGUCCUCUGUAGGCAGCUGAAUUGUGGGAUUGCUGUGUCUGUUGUGGGAGCAGACUGGUUUGGAGAGGGAAGUGGUGAAAUCUGGGCUGAUGUGUUUGAUUGUCAGGGGAAUGAAACACGACUCUCACAAUGUCCCAUCUCUUCAUGGAGUCGAGCUGAACGUUCUCAUAAACGAGAUGUUGGAGUCAUCUGUUCUAGUUCGUCUCUGGCUCUUCAUGAUGGGCGAGUGCAGUUGUCUGGAGAGAGAGAGUGUGAGGGGGAGGUGGAAGUUUACAUCCAUCAGGUCUGGAGGAGAGUUCUGCUGGACUCCUGGAGUCUCACUGAAUCCUCUGUAGUCUGCAGACAGCUGGGUUGUGACUCUGUACUGAACUUCUACAGCUCCUCUUCAUCCAGUCCUGAACACAGUCAUGAGUGUGUGAUGGGCUUCCAGUGCUCUGGGAGUGAAACUCAUCUGGGGAACUGCAGCUCUCCACAAACUCUCAACUGCAGCUCCACACAACAGCUGUCAAUCACCUGCCUUAGUCGUGGGUCCAUCAGGCUGGUGGGUUCUGGAGGAGACUGUGCAGGGAGGCUGGAAGUUUUUCACAACGGCUCAUGGGGGACAGUGUGUGAUGACUCCUGGGAUAUUAAAGAUGCCCAUGUGGUGUGCAGACAGCUGCAGUGUGGAGUGGCCCUCAGUAACCAGCAGGUACCAGCCUGGUUUGGUCCUGGUUCUGGACCCAUAUGGCUGGAUGAGGUGAACUGUGAGGGGAAUGAGACGUCCCUGUUGAACUGCUCUUCUCAGGUCUGGGGAAAACAUGACUGUCAACACAAGGAGGAUGUAGGAGUCGUGUGCUCAGAGUUCAAAGAAAUCAGACUAACUGAUGGUUGUGAAGGGAAUGUGGAGGUUUUCUACAAUGGAUCAUGGGGUAAUGUAUGCUGGAACCAGAUGGACAGAGACACAACAAGUCUGAUCUGUCAAGAGCUGAACUGUGGAAGAUCUACCAGUGACCCCAGUAACUCACAAGGACUAAAGUCAAAUUGGCUGGAUCAAUUUAAAUGUCGUCCACAUGACUCAACUCUGUGGCAGUGUCCAUCUUCAACCUGGGGACAGAAUAACUGUCGUCAUGAUGAGGUGGCUCAUAUAACCUGCUCAGAAAAGGAAAAUGAUGAAUCGCCUCAAAGUCAUCUUUCAUGUUCUGCAGCUCCAAACCAGAGACACUGUACAAAGUAUGUUCCUCUGAGACUGAGUGGAGGGAACGGCCGGUGCUCGGGGAGACUGGAGGUGUAUCAUAACGCUGUGUGGGGUUCAGUCUGUGAUGAUCAGUGGGACAUCAGGGAUGCUCAGGUGGUCUGCAGGCAGCUGGGUUGUGGAGCAGCACUGAGUGCUGAUGGGAAUGCAGCCUUUGGUGCUGGUGAAGGUGUUGUGUGGCUGAACAGAGUCGAGUGCAGAGGGAAUGAGAUUCACCUAUGGGACUGUCCUCUCUACCUGAAUAACCACACUGACUGCUCACACAAAGAGGAUGCUGGACUCACCUGUGCAGAUUUGUCUGUGUCCCCGACUCCUGCCCCAACAACAUCAACUUUUCCUCCAGUUUCACAGACAGAUGUGACACAAUCUCUGUCCUCACUGAUCACUCGUCCACAAACUCCACCAGUAUAUUCUCUCUCCAUCCCUCCAGUGGUUUUGAUUGUACUGGGAGCUGUGCUCUUACUGCUCUUACUGCCACUCAUUAUACUGAUUCAGCAGAACAGAGUGAUGAGGAGAGUUCUUUCCAAGAGAAGACACAAGACUCAGACUGAAGCAGUUUAUGAGGAGAUUAAUCCCAGACUGGUCACAAAUAAAGAUAAAAGCAUCACUCAGAGAGGAAGAGUCCCUUCUGAAGAACUGCAUUCUGGGUAUGAGGAUGCUGAUGAGAUUCUUUCAGCUAAAUCUGCAGUAGGAGACUCAUCUGAACAUUAUGAUGAUGUCAUCACCACUAAAGUCCCAAAAGAUGACAUACCAGAAAACUAUGAUGAUGUUGUGAUCAUGCGACAGUUCUCCAAUAAUAAAACAGAGGGAGUUCAGGAGGAGUAUGAUGAUGUGAGGAAUGUCAGUGAAGAUGUGAGAAACCUGUUUGACUAUGAUGAUGUGGGGAAUGUGCCAGCCAAACAUGGAGGGACUGUUUAACUCAGGAAUCACACACAACCUCAAAUCUUUUUACAGCUUUUGGAAAUGGAAUGAGUUUAAGUGAUAUUAUAUACACACUGUAAAAAAUUUCCCCGUUAAUUUACAGUAAAUUACAGGCAGCUAGAUUUACCUGUAGAAUGCUGUAAUUUUACAGUGGACCUGCUGUAAUCUGAAACAACAGUUUAUUACUGUAAAACUUUCCCCGUUAAUUUACAGUAAACUACUGGCAACUAGAUUUACCUGUAGAUUGCUGUAAUCUGAAACAACAGUUUAUUACUGUAAAAAAUACUACAGUACUGUGCUGUAGAAAAUAUAGGCUGCACAGUAUAAUACUGUCAGGUUUUCGGCUGCCAUUAUAUUGUUAUAUUACUGUUCCUGCUGUAAUCUUCACAAACUAUGAAACAUUUUAGUACUCUAAAAUGUGAUCUUUACAUUUACAACUACUAAAAUCUGACAAUUUAAAAUGUGCAUUCUAAAAUAAAAAACACGCUGAAAAUUGCUAGCAAACAAAUGGCUCAAACAAAAGAUGACCUUAAAACAUGCUUUUAUUAAAGCUAAUAACAUCAAAUCUUCAAUGAAUUACAUUAUUUCUGCUUCACCAGAGAAACUGGGUAAUUCAAUACUUUGAUUUCACAUAAACAUCUGCGACCAGAACAGAAUGCUGUGAUGUCACAAACAUUUGGUUGCAGAACUCAAUGCUGUCACUAUAAACAUCUUGUUACAGAACUCAAUACUGUACUGUCACAAACAUUUGGUUGCAGAACUCAAUACUGUACUGUCACAAACAUCUGGUUGCAGAACUCAAUACUGUACUGUCACAAGCAUCUGGUUACUUAACUCAAUGCCGUCACAAACAUCUAGUUAUAGAACUUCAUGUAAACAUAGUUGGACAGCACAAUGUUCUGACUUCACCUGAUUAAAUAAAGCCCCACUCGAAGUCUAUGAGGUUUUUUAAG